CAUUUCUCCUCUGCCCAUUUCUUCAUUUACAAAGACAAAUCUCUUUCUGUGUCUCUGUCUCUCUCUCUCUCUCUCUCUCCUUGUGUUAAAUAAAGAAGAGCAAAAACUAGAACUACUUCUUUUGCAGCAAAUUCAUCACUUCCAAAUGGGUCGGUCACCGUGCUGUGACAAGGUGGGUUUGAAGAAAGGGCCAUGGACGCCUGAAGAAGAUCAAAAGCUCUUAGCUUACAUUGAAGAACAUGGCCACGGAAGCUGGCGCGCCUUGCCGACAAAAGCUGGCCUUCAGAGGUGUGGGAAGAGCUGCAGACUCAGAUGGACUAAUUAUCUUAGACCUGAUAUCAAGAGAGGAAAGUUCAGCUUGCAAGAAGAACAAACUAUCAUUCAACUCCAUGCUCUCUUAGGGAACAGGUGGUCGGCUAUAGCUACUCACUUGCCGAAAAGAACAGAUAAUGAGAUCAAGAACUACUGGAAUACGCAUCUUAAGAAAAGGUUAGCCAAAAUGGGGAUCGACCCUGUGACCCACAAGGCCAAGAAUGAUGCCCUACUCUCCAACGACGGCCAAUCCAAGAAUGCUGCCAACCUCAGCCACAUGGCUCAGUGGGAGAGUGCUCGCCUUGAAGCUGAAGCAAGGCUUGUUAGAGAAUCAAAGCUACGUUCCCAUUCAUCAUUUCAACAUCAUCAGCUUGGAAACGCUUCUUCAUCUUCUGCUUCCACUUCCGUUCUGCCUUCAGGGUCUCUGGACGCACUAAAAGUUUGGAAUAGUGGGUGGUCUAGAUCAGCUGAAGGAAGCGGCGGUGCUCUUGCAUCCACAGGAAUCGGCGGUGACCUUGAGUCACCCACAUCGACACUUACAUUUUCGGAGAGUGUGCCGCCGAUUAUGACGGCCGGAGUCGGGGAGAAUCCAAUGCCUACGAUUGAGUUUGUUGGGAGUACUUCGGGCUCUUCGGAGGCCGGAAUGGUUAAAGAAGAAGGGGAUCAGCAGGAUUGGAAACGAUUGGAAAACUCGACCCAUUUGCCAGAAUACAAAGAGGGCAUGGAGAACUCGUUGUCUUUUACGUCUGGUGUUCAUGACAUGACAAUGUCCAUGGAAGGCACAUGGACUCCAGAAUCUUUGAGGACUAGUGGUGGUGGACAUGUUCACUUCGGAAAUGUGAUGGGAGUGGGGGAGGAGGGGUUCACUAAUCUUUUGCUUAACAACUCCGAGCGGAGUUUAUCAGACGGAGGUGAUGAUUCUGACAACGGCAGUGGCAGUGGCAGUGACUACUAUGAAGACAACAAGAAUUACUGGAAUAACAUACUUAAUUUGGUGAAUUCUCCGCCCUCCGAUUCACCAAUGUUUUGAGUUGAUCAUCUGUUUGCCAAAAAUGUCAGAGCCAUUAUUGUCAGAAAGUGAAGUAGACGUCCACAGUCCUCAAGCUAGCCAAGUGAAGAGCAAUUAAUUUGUUUUUUAGUUAUUAUUAUUAUGGAGAAAUGAUAUUGCCAAAGUAGUUUUGGUUGCUUCCACAAAAUUUGAUAUUAAAAACAAAGCAAUAAAAUGCUUCUCAUGUUUGAAAUGCUGUGAAAGCAACAUUACAGUUGUUGGCAAUCUGCUCUCUCAUAUAUAUAUAUAUAAAUUGUUCAUAGUUCA